AUGCGACUGACCGGGAGCUACGAAACCGCGCGAGCUACGAGUGCUACGAAGUACAAUAACACACAGCUGCAUGUUUUUUGCGAUGCAUCUACUAAAGCGAUGUGCGCUGUAGCUUAUUGGCGGUGGACGUGCAAUGGUAAUGUGUUUGUUGCAUUUAUAGCAAGUAAAUGUCGAGUUGCGCCGGUAAAACCACUGACUGUGCCGCGACUAGAGUUGCAAGCAGCGCUUCUAGCGGCGAGACUCGCCGACACCAUUGUUAAGGAGCAUAAGUUGAGCGUGUUACAGCGAUUCUUUUGGAGUGACUCGACCACGGUUUUGCACUGGAUUAAUAAUGACGCGAGAAAUUAUAAAACAUUUGUAGCAAACCGGUUGGGCGAGAUUGAUGAGGUCACUAGUAGUAAAGAAUGGCGAUACGUGCCUACUGAAUUAAAUGUUGCGGAUAUAGCUACACGCGAAACCUACGACGACGCCAUUUUUAAGAGUGUAUGGUUGGGGGGCCCUACGUUUCUGCGUGACGAUGAGUCAUCGUGGCCGCGUCACGUCAUUCGUCCUGACAACUGA